AAUCAAAAGACGAAGGGAGUUGGUCUUCUUGAUAUCUUGGCAAGAUCGACAGAUCAUGCUUCUUACAGUGCUACAACGUGGCGCCUGUGAAGUUUUGUAUAGGAUUCCGAAUAGCAAUGAUCAAGUUGAGCGCUCCAGAGAACCCUUCGUUAUUAUUUGCGUCAACCCAGACGUAAUUUAGAGACAAGACAAGGUUCUCGUUCUGCUGGGGUAACGGACCAAGACUGGCAGUGAGAAGUUGUCCGACGUCAGAGACUACUCCCCCAAGUGCACAGCGCGACGUAGAGGGCACACCAUGAUGCAGAAGCCUCCAUUGCCUAGCGAUGAGGAGGGCACUAGGAUGGGAGAGAGUCGGUCGGAGGCAGAGCUCCUGGACUUGGGAGUGCAGGGGACCUCCGGGGGCGUGGCGUCGUCUGGGGAUGCAGACGACCGCCCGGCGUGGGACAGCAAGCUGCAGUAUGUACUGGCUCAGGUGGGCUUCAGCGUGGGCUUGGGGAACGUAUGGAGGUUCCCCUACCUCUGCCAUCAGAACGGAGGAGGCGCAUUCAUGGUUCUCUAUGUCAUGCUGUUGUUGGUGGUGGGGGUUCCCCUGUUCUUCAUGGAGCUGGCUGCGGGCCAGUGUAUCCGUCAGGGCAGCAUCGGUGUGUGGAAGCACAUCUCCCCUAAGCUGGCCGGUAUCGGCUACUCCAGCUGCAUGGUGUGUUUCUUUGUGGCUCUCUACUACAAUGUCAUCAUCGCAUGGAGUCUCUUCUACAUGGGCAACUCCUUCCAGUAUCCUCUACCCUGGGAGCAGUGUCCCAUCAACAUGACCAUCAAUAAAACUGUAAAGGAAUGCUUAGGUAGCUCCCCAACCUCAUACUUCUGGUUCCGGAAGGCUCUAGACAUCACAGACUCCAUCGAUGAGUCUGGUGAGUUUAACCCCAUCAUGACGGGCUGUCUGCUGGCUGCCUGGGCCAUCGUCUGUCUAGCCAUGAUCAAAGGCAUCAAGUCCUCUGCCAAGGUGAUGUAUUUCUCCUCAGUCUUCCCCUAUGCUGUGCUGUUCAUCUUCCUCGUCAGAGGCUUGAUGCUGGAUGGAGCCAAGGAGGGAAUCGCCUACAUGUUCUACCCUAAAAUAGAAAUUUGGGCUGAGGUGCAGGUGUGGCGGCAGGCAGCCACACAGGUGUUCUUUGCCCUGGGCCUGGGCUACGGCUCUGUGAUUGCCUACUCUUCCUACAACCCCAUCCACAACAACUGUCACCGUGACGCGCUCAUGGUCUCUUGCAUCAACUUCAUGACCUCAGUGCUCGCAUCACUGGUGGUGUUCGUAGUGCUGGGCUUCAGGGCCAAGAACAUUGUCCUGAACUGCAUCACCCAAAAUCUGGGCCUGUUAAACGACAUGGCCACACAUGGAAGCAACCAUCACUGGUGGCCGUGGUUCAACAUGUCUGAUCCUGCCUCCGUCACCAUACCUGACUACAGAGAGUGGUACCAUCACUACGGCUCCCAGGUGGGGACAAACAUCACCGACUGUGACCUGGAUGAGGAGAUGAGCAAGGGUGUGGAAGGGACGGGCCUGGCGUUCAUUGCCUUCACAGAGGCCAUGGCCCAGUUCCCUGCCAGCCCCUUCUGGUCCACGCUCUUCUUCCUCAUGCUGCUCAACCUGGGCAUGAGCACCAUGUUCGGCACCAUGCAGGGGAUCCUCACCCCCCUCAUGGACAACUUCAGCCUGCUGGGACGCCACCGGACCAUGCUCACAGUGUGCAGCUGUGCCCUGGGCUUUGUGAUCGGACUUUUGUUUACCCAGCGCUCAGGGAACUACUUUGUGACAAUGUUCGAUGACUACUCUGCCACCCUACCCCUGAUCAUCGUGGUGGUCUUUGAGACAUUCGCUGUGGCCUGGGUGUACGGAGCUGACCGCUUCUUGGAUGACAUUGAGAUCAUGCUGAAAUGGCGCCCCCCGGUGCUGUAUAAGUACCUGUGGAAGUACGUGUGUCUGUUUGCUAUGGUGGGCCUGCUGGCGGCAAGUCUACUGCGAAUGGUCUUCAAACGACCGACCUACACAGCCUGGAACCACACCACGGCAUCGGAGACAACUCUGGAGUACCCAGGCUGGGCCCUGGCCAUGUUGGCCAUGCUGAUCCUGGCUGCCACCCUGCCUGUCCCUGUUGGCUACUUCCACUCCUGGCUGAAGAACCGUGGCAUGGGCCCCGAGGGGGAGCUCGCGGGCCAGGAGAUAGACAGAGAGAGGUACACCAAGUGCAACUCCAGCGACGCCCUGGACUCCAACUCCCAGCAUACCCCUUCGGUGGAGGAUAAUGGCCGACCCAGGGCUAGCUUCCUACCACUGGGCCUUGACCACUACAGACUCCUCCCACAACAGGAAGACGUGGAGGAGGAGGAAGAGGAUACGAUGUGAGAGAGGGGUUUGAGAAUCAAGGGACGAAGAGAGGAGAGUGGCAGUCGGAAAGAGAGCCCCACUUUAGAGAGAGAGAGAGAGAGCGUCUCUUGACUGAAAUAGUGGAAAGGACUCCACUUAUAUCCCCAGACUUUUAAUUGAUAGUGAAUCUUAAUAAUGUAUUACAAUGUAUAUGACCGUUCAUCCAUAUUACCAAAGAAACCUAACAUUAGCACAAUGUAAUAACCUGUAUCCUUAGUGCCAACGCACACCUAUCAGUCAGAUAUCAUAAGUCACCUAUCAUAAGUCACGUAUCAUAAUUGACCUAUCAUAAGUCACCUAUCAUAAGUAUCAUCAUAAUUGAACUAUCAUAAGGGACCUAUUAUAAGUGACCUGGGGUGGCAGGUAGCCAAGUGGUUAGAGUGUUGGGCCGGGAACUGAAAGGUUGCUGGAUCGAAUCUCUGAGCUGACAAGGUAAAAAUCUGUUGUUCUGCCCCUGAACAAGGCAGUUAACCCACCUUUCCCUGGUAGGCUGUCAUUGUAAAUAAGAAUUUGUUCUUAACUGACUUGCCUAGUUAAAUUGACUAUUUACAAAAACCUAUCAUAAGUGACUUAUUAUAGGUGACCUAUCAUUAUACUGAUAAGUACUGUAAGAAGUGCCUUAUUAUAGGUGACCUAUCAUUAUACUGAUAAGUACUGUAAGAAGUGCCUUAUUAUAGGUGACCUAUCAUUAUACCGAUAAGUACUGUAAGAAGUGCCUUAUUAUAGGUGACCUAUCAUUAUACUGAUAAGUACUGUAAGAAGUGCCUUAUUAUAGGUGACUUAUUAUAGGUGACCUAUCAUUAUACUGAUAAGUACUGUAGGAAGUGCCUUAUUAUAGGUGACUUAUUAUAGGUGACCUAUCAUUAUACUGAUAAGUACUGUAAGAAGUGCCUUAUUAUAGGUGACCUAUCAUUAUUCUGAUAAGUACUGUAGGAAGUGCCUUAUGGUUCAAGUGCUGUAUUAACACACCCAGUAUCCUGUUCCUUGAACUGUGAUGACAGUUUCAACUAGCUGCUCACAGGUCAAUUAUAAGUAUGACUUGUAUUCUUGGGUUUCUUGUAGUUUGACUUGAUUCUGCUCCAAAGACACUUCUGAAGGUGAGGAGUAUUGAGGGAAGCGAAGGACUUUAAAGUCCAGCUUGUAUAUUGCGUAGUAAUACUCUUGUAAGACAAGUAGAGGCUCUGAUCCAGAGAGCCACAAAAUAUAUAUUUGAUAUAUUCUGAUAUGCAAUUUUUUUUAUUAGGGUGCUAAACUUAGUUCAAGAAAGUAAGGAGCUGAAUUUGGGGCAAAGAUUGGGAAAGUUGUGCAGUGGUACUUGGUAUGACCAGUAACCGCCCAUAAACAAAGAUCCUGCAAAAGUAACUUCUAAAGGAUGUUUAGAAAAUAA